AUGACAAGUGUUAAUGUAAAUCUGAGAAAAGAGAUAUUAAAAGAAAAUAUAAAAAUAAAUUCAUAUGGAUUUGAUGAAAAUGAAAACUUUUAUCAUUUGAAUAUUAGUGAAGGUGGUCAUGUAGCUGGAUUGGAUCCAGGUCGGAAGUAUUUAUUUGUAGCUAUUUAUGGUAAUGAGAAAAAAAAUUACAAAAAAUGCUCAACCAAAGGAUGGUAUUCAUUAGCAGGAUUUACUAGAAUUAGAAUAAGAAA